AUGGCCAACAAGUAUUUGUUGUGCCUAUUAAUACUAUAUGUCGCUUUAAAUUCUGUAAGUGGAAAGUUUGGACGCAGUGGUGGCUCUAGAGGCUCCAGUUCUGGAAGAUCAUGGGGAAAGAGUAGUAGUUCAGGGAGGUCGUCUUGGGGAUGGGGUUCUAGUAAACCAAGCUCGGGCUCCAGUCACUCUUCAUCUUCGGGCCACUCAGGAUUUGGAUCCAGUUCACAUGGCUAUCCAUCAUCAAUCGGAUUGUCAGGCUCUGGAUCUAGCGGAUUCAGCUACCCAUCAUCGUCAGGGAGAGGUAAUACAGGCUCCUCCUACCCAUGGUCAGGUGGAUUAUCGGGUUCCAGCUCCAAUAGCCAUUCUGGAGUAAGUUAUCCGUCGUCAAUCGGUCUAUCUGGUUCAGGAAGUGGAAGUAAAUAUCCAGCAUCAAAUGGUCUAUCAGGUUCAGGAAGUGGGAGUAAAUAUCCAGCAUCAAACGGUCUAUCAGGUUCAGGAAGUGGGAGUAAAUAUCCAGCAUCAAACGGUCUAUCUGGAUCGGGAGCAAAUAGUAAAUAUCCAGCAUCAACCGGAUUAUCAGGAAAUCAUCAGUUUUCAACUAGUUCGGGAAGUGGAAGUAAAUACCCAGUCUCUACUGGACUCUCUGGGUCUGGAGGUAGUAAAUAUCCUUAUUCAACAGGACUCUCUGGUUCGAACAGCCGCCCUGUAUCAACUGGUAUUUCAACAUCUAAUACAGGAUAUCAUCCUACAGGUCCACAAUAUCCAAAUACACAGUAUAUUAAGCCUCCACAAACCAUAUCUAAUUCUAAUUCUGGUUACAAACCUACACAUAUAGGAUCGUCGUAUAGUAGUGGUUCUUAUGGAAGUCAUGCUUAUGUGCCAACUUACUAUACGUCUCCUCAACAUAUUUAUAUCACCCAAUAUAGAGAUUCUGGAAGUCGUUAUAAUAACCUAUUAACUGGAUUAACACUGUAUAAUUUAGGACGCUCUCAUACACAUUACCAUGAUCAUUAUUAUUAUGAUGACUACUAUAGGAGAAGAUAUGACUCUGGAACCAGUUCAUCUUAUCGCCCCUCUGUUAAAAGCAACGAAGAUGCUCAUUGUCUAUUAAGAGUAAAAGAAAGCGGUAAAAUAGAAGAAUUGAGAAUACCUUGUGAGAUUGUAUCAACAUUUACUGAAGGUAGUAAAAAAUUACCUCAAGAAACAGUUCGUAUAGAGAGUACAGUAUGCCAAAAUAUAACAGUAUCAAAUAAAACUCCGACAGAAGCUAACUUAACAUCCGUAUCCACUUCAACAACUAAAGCUACUCCUUUAUCCGUUAUUCCUGUAAAUACAAGUUUAAGUAACGCUAAUGCGACAGAAACGCUUAUAUCGACAGUUGCAACUACAAAUGUUACAACACCCAUCCUUUCCCAGAAUUUUACAACUUCAACAGAAACCAUUCCUUUGAAGGAGAAUGAUACUUCAACUAGCACAACUGAACUCAAUAAUAUAACUGAAUCAACCACCCCUUCGUACUCAAAGGAAACGUAUCCUUCAACUACAGUUGGGAAUUCCACUACACCAACAAGUAAUAUGACGCAAAAUAUAAUAGCUUCAACCGAAUCAUCUGCCUCCAGUGCAGCAACAAUUAAUCCAUCCGUAAAUAAAACAAUAAUUAAUUUAAAUGAUUCAACUACAACUGCACCACCAAAUGUAAAGACAGAGUUUACAAAUUCAACGUGUACAACAACGACAACAACACAGUUAAAAGAUCCUUUAACCAUAAAAGGUCCACCACCAAAUCCCAACGACAUGGAAUGUGAAGUUGAAAUUGUAACAAAAGAUCAUCGGCUUCGAUCAAAAAUAGAUUGUCUUACAUUAAUGGAAUAUUCAAAGAUGCCAGAACCAAAAAAAGAUUCGGGGAUUUUACCACCCAGAGACAAAUUAAAGUCAUGGUUAUCUAAACCACCGUGGUGGUUGUCUAUCUUUGUUGCAGUGUAA